AUGGUGAUUGACGCCAAGCUGCCACACACUCUGUGGGAGUAUGCUGCCCGUCAUGCCGUGUAUGUCCACAGCCAAGUGGCGGUUACUCGUCUACCCGCAGUGUCCAUCGGUUUCCAAGAAGACCGCACAGGAACUCAUGCCUACACGCAAGAGCCAACUGCAAAGGUCUGGCAUAUCCGUGACUUCGAGUUCAUUGCCCCUGUCGACAGCAGUAGCAAGGUGAUCGUUAGAGAGCUGAAAGCGCUCGAGGAAACCAACACUGGGGCGCUGAUCGAGCUCCCUCCAGGUGAAACAACACUAGGCUACAUCCUCCAGUAUCGACUGAAGCAUGACGCCAACAUGGAGCUGACCUACAAGGCCCGCGUGCGCGCCAGAGACGAUCGAAAGGACUUUGUGUUCGGUGAAGUGGAAGUAUACGCCCCCGUCGCGAAGCUGGCUUCAUGUUCGCGAUCGUCGUAA